UUCCUCAACUUUAUUAAGCUGGUGUCUGUCAUCUGGCUUUGCUGAAACAUACAACUGUGUAUCAUCAGCAUAACAGUGGAAGCUAAUACCAUGUUUAUUAAUAAUUUUGCCCAGAGGUAGCACAUAUAGAGAAAAUACCAGUGCACCAAGAACGGAGCCUUGCAGUACACCAAACUUUACCUUAGUAUGAGAAGAGAAGUCUCCAUUUACGUUUACAAACUGAUAACGAUCAGUCAAAUAAGACCUGAGCCAGGAAAGGGCUGUUCCCUUAAUGCCUACUACAUUUUCUAGUCUAUUGAGGAGAAUAGCAUGAUCAAUGGUGUCAAAAGCUGCACUAAGGUCAAGCAGCACCAGCAAGGAGACACAACCCUGAUCAGAGGCCAGUAGUAAGUCAUUUACCACUUUAACCAGUGCUGUCCCUGUGCUAUGAUGAGGCCUAAAUCCUGACUGAUACAUUUCAUGAAUGUUAUUCCUAUGUAAGUAUGAGCAUAGCUGCUGUGCUACAACCUUUUCUAGGAUCUUGGAGAUACAAAGUAAAAAACUUUCACAAAUGGCUGCUGACCUGCAUAAGCUGGUUAAUGGAUAUUUAAAAGACACGCACAGAUAAACACCCUGAGGGUUGAUGGUUUAAUGGAUUCUUGUGUGUGCCAAGUUUCAGAAUCAGCUGUUAAACUCCACUUCUGUAAUAAUGUCAUUUGGAAGAGUUGCAGUAAAGAAGAUCUUUACAAUACACAAAACACAGACCCAGAACUUCACCAAGGUGGAUCAGUGAUGCUUUGAGCUGUUUUGUACCAGAGUACCAGGAUAUUUUAGCCCAAAACCUGGUUGCCUAUGCCAGAAAGUUACAACUUGGUCAUAGUUCAUCAAUGAGAUGAUGAACAUAAACACAUAAACACAAAGAGUUUUUUUUUUUAAACAACCAUCAGGUUUUGGAUUUUAAGCUGUGGUAUACAAAGAAGAGGACAUCCGCAGACAAACCUGACAAUAUAAAUGAAGGUGAAAUAUUGUGCAUGUAAUUGUUGUGAAUGGAUGUCAUUCGACAUCACAGAUACUCAGUGCUGUCAUUCUCUCCAAGAGAAAUUUCAUGUGGGGCUGCCAAUAAUUUCAAAACUAAUAUCUUACACAAGAAAAAUCUUUAUAUGUUUCAUAUCAUAUAAAACUAUACAGCAUCCUUAUAUGUUUGAGUUCAAAAUAUCAAUUAUUGCAUCUUGUUAAUUUUAAAAAAAAAUUUUAAUUAAGGGUGCCAAAAAUUUUGGAAUUGACUGUAAUGAAGUGCUUAUCACUAAUCGUGUGUGUGUCUGGGUCACUCCUUGCAGCUCUGCAGUGCUUCACUGCAUCAUCCUGCCCUCUCCUGAUUGGCUGGGCUGCAGUGACAUCAUCACCAAUCAGAUUACAGGUUGCUGUAUGUAGAGAGAAGAGCUGCAUUGCUGCUGAGACUGGAGUGGAUCAGUGUGAGGAGGGGCAGCACCAGCUACACACUCACAUUCACACAUACACUCAUUGUUAUCAUACACACACUUAGCACACACACAUAGACCCAAAACAAGCAACACAUUGACACACACAGCACUAACACAAACACACACACAGAAUUAUCACAGUGACAGAAUGAGGGAGAUUGUGCACAUUCAGGCCGGACAGUGCGGAAACCAGAUUGGAGCAAAGUUCUGGGAGGUGAUCAGUGAUGAACAUGGCAUCGACUGCAGUGGAACUUACAAUGGAGACAGUGAACUGCAGCUGGAGAGGAUCAACGUCUACUACAGCGAGGCCUCAGGGGGGAAGUUUGUGCCCCGUGCCAUCCUGGUGGAUCUGGAGCCUGGCACCAUGGACUCAGUCCGGUCCGGACCAUUUGGACAAAUCUUCAGGCCUGAUAACUUUGUGUUCGGUCAAAGUGGUGCUGGAAACAACUGGGCCAAAGGUCACUACACUGAGGGUGCAGAGCUAGUGGACUCGGUGCUGGAUGUGGUACGUAAGGAGUCGGAAAACUGCGACUGCCUGCAGGGAUUCCAGCUCACGCACUCUCUGGGAGGUGGCACAGGCUCGGGCAUGGGCACACUGCUCAUUAGCAAGAUCCGUGAAGAGUACCCUGAUCGCAUCAUGAACACGUUCAGUGUCACACCAUCACCCAAAGUGUCCGACACGGUGGUGGAGCCCUACAAUGCCACACUGUCCAUCCACCAGCUUGUGGAGAACACAGAUGAGACCUUCAGCAUCGACAACGAGGCACUGUACGACAUCUGCUUCCGCACACUUAAGCUGACCACACCCACCUAUGGUGAUCUCAACCACCUGGUUUCUGCCGCCAUGAGUGGUGUCACAACAUGUCUCCGUUUCCCGGGGCAGCUUAAUGCAGACUUGCGCAAGCUUGCAGUCAACAUGGUUCCCUUCCCUCGCUUGCAUUUCUUUAUGCCUGGAUUUGCACCCCUUACCAGCAGGGGGAGCCAGCAGUACCGCGCACUCACCGUUCCUGAACUAACGCAGCAGAUGUUUGAUGCCAAGAACAUGAUGGCGGCAUGUGACCCACGGCAUGGGCGCUACCUCACUGUGGCAGCUAUCUUCCGUGGUCGCAUGUCCAUGAAGGAGGUGGAUGAACAGAUGCUGAGUGUGCAGAACAGGAACAGCAGCUACUUUGUCGAGUGGAUCCCCAACAAUGUGAAGACAGCUGUGUGUGACAUCCCACCACGUGGACUUAAGAUGGCCGCCACCUUCAUUGGGAACAGCACAGCCAUCCAGGAGCUGUUCCGACGUAUCUCAGAGCAGUUCACUGCCAUGUUCCGGAGAAAGGCUUUCUUACACUGGUACACAGGGGAGGGGAUGGAUGAGAUGGAGUUCACUGAGGCUGAGAGCAACAUGAACGACCUCGUCUCUGAGUACCAGCAGUACCAGGAUGCCACAGCCGAAGAAGCUGAGGAGUAUGAGGAAGAUGAGGUAGAGGAGGAGGAGGAUGUACGCCAAGAGGUUCACCACUGAGCUAACGAUUUUAAGAAAACAGCUCCCUUGAUGUCAUCUUUAUGAAAGGACCUUUGAGUUAUCUUAAUCUAGCUAGGAUAUGUAAACCUACUUAUAAUGCUCUCUGUGUAACACCUACUAUUUUUAGUUACAUUUAAAAUUUUAUUUAAUAGAACGACCGCUAAAUACCCAAACUGAUAAAUAGCUGAUUACUUCUUUAUGGAUUGCUAAUUAGCUAGCUAUAUUUAAUACCUUAUCUUAUGAAGGUGUUAACUAGCUAGCUAUUAAUGUUCAGCUAAAAAAAAGCACUGUAUCGCUAUAGUACUGUAUGUUAGCAAUGCUGUUAUCAUAGAAAAUAAUUUAGCAUUAAGCAGAAGGUGCUACUGAGAACCACAGCUAUAGUACAAGUUUGUAAUUGCAGUUAUCAGGUGGUACAAUAAACUUACCUCACCAGAACUGUAUCUGUUUUUUUU